AUGGUGCGUCAGCUAAAGUAUCACGAAAAGAAACUCCUCCGGAAGGUUGACUUCUACAACUACAAAUCCGACGGCGGGCACCGCGAACACGAAGUCCGUCAACGGUACUAUCUCCAGAAUGAUCUCGACUACAAGAAAUACAAUGCCCUUUGCGGUUCCCUCCGUCAACUAGCGCAUAAGCUCUCCCAGCUUGAUCCCGAUAGCGAUCCGAUCCGGAAGAAGGUCGAAAGCGAAGUCCUUGAUAAAAUGUGGCGUAUGGGGAUUCUGAAACAGAGCCGGGAACAGGGCGCUGGGUUGUCGAGGGUUGAGCGUGAGGUGACGGUUUCUGCGUUCUGUAGACGUAGGUUGGCGGUUAUUAUGGCGCGGAGUGGAAUGGUGGAGAAUGUUAAGACGGGACAUGUGCGUGUCGGAAGUGAGGUCGUGACUGAUCCUGCUUAUCUGGUGACGAGGAACAUGGAGGAUUUCGUCACUUGGGUGGAUAACAGUAAGAUCAAGAGGAACAUCAUGCAGUAUCGGGACAAGUUGGACGAUUUCGAUAUGCUGUGA